AUAUAAUGAUAAGACAGCCAUGACUGUUUUUUGUAUUUAUCUACUUGUAGUAAUGAGUUUGAUCACCAAUCCUAAAUAAACACCCUUUCUUCCACAAUUUCAUCAUCAUUUCAACUCUCAACAACAACACAUCCUCUGUUUUUUCUCAUUCACUCAAUUCUCCAUGGCCACCUUCUUCUUAUCAAAAUCCCACAAAUUAAUCAUGCACAACCUCAAAUCAACCAAGCUUCUCACGUUUGGAGUCACCAAUCACACUUCUUCCGUUGCUAAUUCGUUGUUAUCUUCUCAUUUUCUUCAUACAAGAUCCCGCCCGCCAUUGCCGAACGACGCGGGUUUUUCGCGAUGUUUUGCGACGGUUUCUAGUGGAAGAAGAUCGCAUACUGCUGUCAGCUUUAGCGACGACGUUGAUCAGGAUCAGUUAUCUACUGAAGCUCCUUUACAGCAAGAACUAAAUUUCCCAGGUGGAAAAGUUAAGUUUACCCCCAAUAAGUUAUUCACAUCUGGUUCUAGCGCCGAAAGGACUCAAUGUUAUCGAGUUCUUAAUGAAAAUGGCCAGCUACUCAUUGAUAGUGAUUCGCUUAAGAUUAGCAAAGAAGUUGCUGUCAAGAUGUAUAGAGAUAUGGUAACACUGCAAGUUAUGGAUACUAUUUUCUAUGAAGCACAAAGACAAGGAAGAAUAUCUUUCUAUCUAACAACAAUUGGAGAAGAGGCCAUUAAUAUAGCAUCGGCGGCAGCUCUUAGUCAUAAUGAUUUCGUCUUCCCUCAGUAUAGGGAGCCUGGAGUGCUACUGUGGAGAGGAUUUACUUUACAAGAAUUUGCAAAUCAAUUAUUUGGAAAUAAAUAUGAUCAAGGAAAAGGAAGACAGAUGCCUAUUCAUUACGGGUCUAAAAAGCUCAAUUACAUUACAGUGUCAUCAACCGUAGCAACACAGAUCCCACACGCGGUUGGUGCUGCGUAUUCCUUGAAGAUGGAAAAGCAAGAUGCAUGCACAAUCACUUAUUUUGGCGAUGGAGGCAGUAGUACGGGAGAUUUUCAUGCGGGUUUGAACUUUUCGGCUGUUAUGGAGGCCCCGGUGAUAUUUUUCUGUAGAAACAAUGGAUGGGCCAUUAGUACUCCAAUAACUGAUCAAUUAAGAAGUGACGGUAUUGUUGUAAGAGGGAAGGCGUAUGGAAUUCCAAGCAUCCGAGUAGAUGGCAAUGAUGCUCUCGCUAUAUAUUCUGCUGUUUAUGAGGCGCGCAAAUUGGCUAUCGAAAAACAAACACCUGUUUUGAUUGAGGCACUUACAUACAGAGCGGGACACCAUUCUACAUCGGACGACUCGACCAAGUAUCGUCCAGCUGACGAAAUCGAAUGGUGGCGAGAUGGUCAAAACCCUGUAAAGAGGUUUAGGACAUGGGUCGAAAACAAUGGCUGGUGGAACGAUCAGGUGGAAUCAGAACAUCGUAGCAACAUUAGGAAGCAGCUAUCACAAGCGAUUCAAGCUGCAGAACGGGUAGAAAAACCUCCGGUUGCAGACAUGUUUAACGAUGUAUAUGAUGUCCUGCCUAAAAACCUUAACGAGCAGGAGGUUUCGUUAAGAGAACACGUCAAGAAACACCCACAGGAAUAUCCCUCCAAUGUUGCCGUGUAAAUCAAUCUUCAUAAUGUAUGCAUAUCACUAAUUUACAAAUUAUAAUCCAAUGAAAGUUCUAAAUCAAUACCGUUACUUUUACCUAUUUUGAACUCAUUAUUAACUUGAAUCCCAAACCGUUUUUAGAAUCAUUUAGUACAACAUGUAGGUUUCGGAUAUAUACCCUUGUAAUCUCCAUCGUUGUCAAUUAGAAAUAUAUAAACCCUUUUGUUGUAUCGUAGAAUACAAGUGAAUUUACAUCGGUUUGUGAUGUCCAAAAAUUCUACUUGUAACAAUGGCAUAUCCAGAUAUCUUUUACCA